AUGAUCUUAUUACUAUUAUUUGAUCUUGUUUAAUGUGUGUAAUUUGGUUAUGAAAUAGAUAAAGGAUAAUAAAUUUGUUUCCAAGAUUAUUUUUCAUAAGAUGAUGUAUUUGAUUUAAGAAUUAGAGCAAAUUCUUCAAAUUAUGCUAUAAAAUUAGAAGAAGCAGUAUCAAAAAGAUAUGCUAUUCUAUAUGAAAGAAGUGGAUCUUGGGAACACAAUUAUUAACAUUAAUCAAAUCACAAAGUUUCUCAUAUGAGAUAUUGCUUAACAAAUUUAGAAGAUGAAAAUAUUUUAUUUAAUAUUACAUACAAAACAGGAUCUGAAUUAGCAAACAUGUAAAAAGUAGCAAAAAUAUCAGAUUUAAAUUAAAUGGGUGAUCAUAUGAAAAAUUUAAAUGGUUUAUUUGAUGAUAUAAAAAGAGAAAGAUCAUUCCUUAUAACAAAAUAUGAUUUUAUGUAUUAAAUGUAAAGAUCUAUUUCUAAAAAACAAAUUGUUUUUAGCCUUUUGUGUUUAGGAUUGUCUUUUAUAAUAACUGCUAUUACUCUUAAUUAUAUAAAGAGAAUUUUAAAAUAAAAAAAGUCAUAAUGA